GCUGAUGAUUGGGUUAAGAGGCUUAAUGAGGCAGCCAAUGAUAUGCAAUUGACGCCUAAUCUAAAGAUGAGAGUUGCCACUAGAAUGUUGGAGGGAUUGGCUUCAACAUGGUGGGAGGGUGUCAAGGGGAAAUACAACGGAGAUGUCACGUGGGACAACUUUGAGCUUGAAUUUUAUAGACAAUACUACUCUUCCUUUGAAGUAAAUCAAAAGAGGAGGGAGUACACUACCAUCAAACAAGGUGACGAGUACACCGUCAAACAAUUGGAGCAAAAGUUUCGAGACUUGGCUAGAUAUCUUCCUGAAUAUGCAGGGAAUGAGAACCGUAUGGUCGACCACUUCUGGAACGCGUUGAAUUUGGAAGUGCGUGAGAGGGCGGCGUACCAAAAUAACAUGACUUUUAAUGAGGUGGUGACACGAGGCCUUAUUGGGGAAGAAUUAUGGGAAGAAAGAAAGGCUAAAGAUGCCGAGGAGGCUAGAAAGAGGAUGUGGGAAAUCAAUGAUUCCUAUGAUCAAAGCAAAAGACAAAAUACCGGGGUGGAGAGAGGUUCUAAAAUGCCUAUGCCACUGUCAACGUACAAUCAAGGGUCCGUGACCCAAGGAGUGAAAUCCGUAAGUUCUAGGGUACGAAGAUGUGAUAAUUGCGAUAAGUACCACUACGGGACUUGUCGUGAACCAAAGAGGUGUUUCUUUUGUGGGGAUACGGGACACAUGAAGAUCCAUUGUCCUCAACGGGGAAGUAACACUACUUCGGGAGCUAAUGAAGGAACCAUGGGGGAUAUGAACCUAGCGGGGCCGUCUCAAGCGAGCACACGACAUAGAGGGGAUAAUGUGAGCAACAUACACUCCGGGAAUCAAAGAAGAACUCAACGAUGAGUUCACACGGGGAAGGAGGCAAAUUCUUGCAUGGACGCGACCACCGUACAGGUAAUCCUUAUCAAAAACUUGAUUUCAAUGAAUAUUUAAGUUAUGGGGGUUCCAGGGGUCAAUUUCCGGCCGAAUACCGGCCGGUUUGGCAAGGAAAACGAAAAACAUAUUUUGAAAUGGCAAAAACCGGGCGGCUUGGGUGAAACCCGGCCGGCUUUGGGAUUAAAUAAAGUGGAAUUAAGCUACGGCGGCGAAACCCGGCCGGCUUUUGUAAAGACCGGCCGGCUUACGGGGUUUGUGAAGUUUUGUAAACACUCAAAACCGCACGGCUUUGGCAAAGCCCGGCCGGUUUUGAGGAUGAAUAAAAACGAAUUAAGCUGCGGCAAGGAAAAACCGGCCGGCUUUUGACGAAGACCGGCCGGCUUUUGGAUUGAAUAUGUUUAAUUAAACUUCGGGGGAUGAAAACCGGCCGGCUUUCACAGAAACCGGCCGGCUUUUGGAUUAAAUUUUGGGAUUAAAGCUACGCUGCCAAACCCCGGCCGGCUUUCAUGGAAACCGGCCGGCUUACGGGGAAACAAAUCGGAGACCUGGAAUUGGGUACGAGAACCGGCCGGCUUUCAUGGAAACCGGCCGGCAUUUGGGUAAUUUUUGGUAAAUUAGUCUCCAAGCUAGAAAACCGGGCAGUUUAUGGAAAGGUCGGAUGGUUUUCGUAUAUCUCGAGCCCGGUACAUCUUUGGGCCUUGAAAUGUACCAUUACAGGGUAAGUGGGUCUUGCAUUGAUUUGUGGUGUAAGAACGCUAGAGUUGAGCGGGGAGAAUGAUAAAAUCAUCCUUAAUGCGGAGGCGCAUUGGGUGAGUGUGAGAGGGCACUUGUAAACCGAAACGAUAUGACGGCCGAUACACACUAUCACAUAACGAUAGUAGUGAAUGAAGGAAAUUGAAAGAAGGGUCUAAUAUCCUUGAGUAUGAUUGAAUCUCAUAGGUUAGAUCUUUGAGAAGUAAUAUGGGAGAAGAAAAGUGCUAGAGUUGGCUAUUACACGAGAGGUUGAAAGCUCGGGGAAAAUAAGGGCAGGGCCCUAUGCUCCGGAGUUUAAACGAAUAAGUUGAGUAGUAAGAACAUGCGUUACCCAAAGAGGGGGCAAGAUUGAUUAUUACCGAGUAAUAGGGUUCGAUACAAAUAACGACCGAUGUGAUGGUCACAACACCAAAUUGAUUCGCCGUAUAUGGUACUCGUUAUUGUAUGAGUAUCAGAAACUUGUAAGAGGAUAACCAGAUUCUGAGAAACUAAAUGGAAGUUCAGUGAUUUUGUCCACCCACCUAUGGGUGGGUAGCACGGGUAUGUGAGGCGAACAUUAGAGUCAAGGAUGACUACUUAUUUUCGAAAUCCCACGAGAGUUGGGACGGAUGUUUGACACGUGGAAAUCUUUCCUGUAGCAAUAGCUACUGUGCGAACAUAAGGUCGUCUCCACAGGGAGCGUUGUAUGUGAGACAGUUAGCGUAACUGGAAGAUGAUGAAAUUCGGGUCAUGCUCCGGGCACUCCUUAAGGGAGGAUCCGAGGUGACUUAAGGCUCGUCUAUGGGUUGUAUCUUGAUGGGGUAUUGAAAGACGACAUGAGUUGAGGGCUCGAUUAUCCUUGAUCUACCCAACUAGUAUGAGAAUACUAGCCGGGAGGUAAAUACAAAUAAUGGUAGGAUUAAUCCUAAGGAUUCGGAUAGUGAGAUAUUGAACCUUGAGUAGUCUCAAGAGAUGCUAAGGUGGACAUGUAUGAACUCUAAGUUAUACUAGGGGUAGGCCUUAAGGGAUACCCAAGAUAAGGUGAAUAAUAAAUUGAUCCUAGAUAUAGGAUUGACCUUCGGGUGUUUUCGGUAGUCCUUGAGGAUAGCCGGUUGAAUUAUGGUAAUAAGCAAGGACCAUGGCCCUUCCCGACUCUAGAGAGCGGGGUUGGAUAGCAUGGACUUGUAAUGUAACUACGCAUAAGGGUGGAAUCCGAAUCGGAGACCUAACGAGGCUCCGACAGCGGUAACACAUAAGAUAGGACCCCUGAUGGGCCUUACCUUCCUACGGGACGAUAGGUAUGAGUCCAGGGGCGGGAUGUUGGACUCCGGCCCGAGGACCCAAGGAGGCCUCGGAUAGCGGUGACAAAUCUCGUAAAGGAUGAUAAGACUUACGGGCGGUGUCGUGCUAACGAUGAAUGAAAUGAAACAUGAACACGGGCCAACGGGCCAACUACAUAACGGUAUGCGAGUAAGUAAGUUUUACAACGGGGUAUGCUAAACCCAUACUAGUUAAGGCCACUUGGGAAUUCUAGAAAGAAUUGACGCCCAAGUGGGGAAGGACUUGUUAUUCUGUAGUUAGAUGGAGUAGCAUCUAAAUGAAAUAAACCAAAAGGGUACGUCAGUAUGAAUGAAAAUGUCUAAAGACAACAAUAAUAAAAUGGUUAAACUAUGUUAUAAAAUGAUCAAGUCAACGAAGAGACUUGAAAAAGUAUGUACUCUAAAAAUAGAGUGGCGUCAGUUGAAAUGAAAAUGCGACGUGAAUUUCGGGGACAAAAUUCCUGUUAAGGGGGGGGUGAACUUGUAACACCGCUCCCAAUUUAAACUUGGAUUUAUUAAUCCAUUGAUAUUAAAAUCUGAGUGAAAGUACAAAUACUGAUUUCAACAAGGAAAAUUAGUUAAAGUCAUGAUUAUAUAUUCACUUUGAAAACUAGUUACAAGUAUAUUGAUCAUACUAGAAAUGAUUAAUUGAUUAAAUUAAUACCGAUUUAUUAAAUUGUGAGUCGGACCCCAAACAUGGGGAGGGACUAACUAAUACAUAUUCUUGGGCCUCGGUAAAUUGAACAAAAAGUCCAAGGAUAAAGAAGUAUGUGAAAUAUAAUUGUUGGGCUGAAUAAAAGGUAAAUAAAUAAUAUGAGAGAUCAUUCGAGCCCACUUACUAAUAAUAGAAAUAUAAUUGGGUAUGAGCCCGGAUAUUGGAGAGGACCAUCCAAUACAUUUUAGGACCGACCUAUUAAGGCCACUAGCCUAAAAUAAUAUAAAUAAAUGGAUAAAAGUCAUUUGGGACGGACCGAGUAAACAAGUGGCAUUCUUUCCCCCAACUUACCGAAAAUAGCGAGUAUGAGGGUGAAGAGCUUCCUACACUUUAAUUCGGGGUAUUCCGUAUAAAGUGUAGACCAUAAUCAACGGGGGGAUUAAUUUAUAAAUCGCUUCGGGCCAGAUUAAUUAAAAGGAAACAGCCCGUGAACCGAACCCAAAUAAAAUCAGCCCACCCUUCUAAAAAUAGAAGAUAAGGGAAGGGAGCCCCUCAUCCUUUCAUUUGAGAUGUUCUACGUAAGAUUGAGAAAGGAGGGAGAGCUUGGAGAGUCUUCAACACACACAAGAGCUCAGGGGGAAAAGAGAGUGAAGGAGAGAAGAGAAUCCAAGAGGAAACGAAGCCUAGCGGUAAGAAUCUCGUAGCUUCGGUUCUUGUUCUUCCUUUUUAUAUAGUUUUCGUAUAUGAUUUUAUAGAAAUCAUAUGAUGGAUUCUAGGGGAUGUUCUACACGUUUAAAAGUGUGGAAAUAUGAUAUAAAGAGUUGGUAAUUAACUUAGAAGAGUUGUUGAAUCGAUAGGAAUCGAAAUCGCCGGAAACCGCCACUUCUAGGUGCUGUUUUCGUGCAGCAGAACCCGAAAGCCGGGCAGCUUUUGCAAAAGCCGGGCGGCUUUUGUCCUCUGCCAGCCAAGGUGGAUUCAGAUCAUUCCCGAUCGAAGGUUUAACGACGGGGCUUCAAUAGGCAACCUUGCUGGACAUAUU